GGAGCGGCGUGAGGGGAGCGGGACGGGACGGACGGGACGGGGCGGCGGGACCCGCUCCUGGCACCGGGCUCGGCGGGGCUCCGCUCGCCAGCCGGCAUGCUGCUCGUGGCCGCCGGGCUCCUGCUCGCCGUAGCCGCGGGCGGGCGGGGGUCGCCGGCCGGGGAGCAGGAGAGCCCUCCGGGCAGCCGCUUCGUUUGCACCUCGCUACCGCUGGACGCCGCCGGCGCGGGCUGCCCGCUGCCCCCCGUGCCCAUGCAGGGCGGCGCGCUGCCCCCCGAGGAGGAGCUGAAAGCCACGGUGCUGCAGCUGCGGGAGACCGUCCUGCAGCAGAAGGAGACCAUCGGGAGCCAGCGGGAGGCCAUCCGGGAGCUCACCGGCAAGCUCAGCCGCUGCGAGGGCGCCGACGGCAAGGCCGGGGCGUGGAAGAACGAGGUGGGCAAGGGCAAGGACACGAUGGGCGACCUGCCGCGUGACCCGGCGCAGGUCAUCGAGCAGCUGAGCCGCACCAUGCAGACCCUGAAGGACCGGCUGGAGAGCCUGGAGCACCAGCUCCGAGCCAACGUGUCGUACGCAGCCCUGCCCAGCGACCUGCGGGAGAUGCUGCAGCGGCGCCUGGGGGACCUGGAGCGCCAGCUGCUCAGCAAAGUGGCCGAGCUGGAGGACGAGAAAUCCCUGCUGCACAACGAGACCUCAGCCCACCGGCAGAAGACAGAGACAGCCUUGAAUGCAUUGCUAGAAAGAGUGUCUGAAUUAGAGAAAGGUAACAGUGCAUUUAAGUCACCUGAUGAGUUCAAGGUCUCCCUCCCUCUGCGCACAAACUACCUGUAUGGGAAGAUCAAGAAGACUCUGCCAGAGCUCUAUGCUUUCACUGUGUGCUUGUGGCUGAGGUCAAGUGCUUCUCCUGGGAUUGGCACUCCCUUCUCAUAUGCUGUUCCUGGGCAGGCCAAUGAAAUUGUCCUCAUAGAAUGGGGGAAUAAUCCAAUUGAACUGCUAAUUAAUGAUAAGGUUGCUCAGCUCCCUCUUUUCAUCAGUGAUGGAAAAUGGCAUCAUAUCUGCAUAACAUGGACAACCAGAGAUGGAAUGUGGGAAGCCUUUCAGGAUGGAGAGAAGCUUGGCACUGGGGAGAAUCUAGCUCCUUGGCAUCCAAUUAAACCUGGAGGUGUCUUGAUCCUGGGUCAGGAACAGGACACAGUAGGAGGAAGAUUUGAUGCAACUCAAGCCUUCGUUGGGGAGAUGAGCCAGUUCAAUAUAUGGGACAGGGUCUUAAAAGCUGAAGACAUCAUGAAUAUUGCCAACUGCUCUAUUAACAUGCCUGGCAACAUCAUCCCCUGGGUGGAUAACAACGUGGAUGUGUUUGGAGGUGCUACCAAGUGGCCUGUGGAGACCUGUGAGGAGCGUCUGCUUGACUUGUAGCUGUGAUCACUUCCCAUCCAAGUGCCCCCUUUAGUAGGACAAUCUUCUGUGCAAUCUAAAGCACUUAUUUUUUUCUCCUUGCCCUUUCCCAGUCUAAAGUCCUUGAAAGAAUAAAAAAAAAAAAACAAAAAAAGAGUAAACUGCCUCAGUGCAAAGAUAGCUGCUAGUUUGGGGCAUUGAGCCUGGCUAUGAAAGGAGCACUUCUUGGCUAGAGCAGCCCUUGCUUUCUUCUGGCCUGAUCAAAAAAUGUGCUUUGGCCUUUUGGUUGGGCCUGAGCUUAGAUCAUCAGUUCUUCUGCAGGGGGGAGAACAGUGUGCACACUUCACUGUCCUGUUCCUGAUAAUGUGCAGUGCUGACAGCAUCAGGAUUAACAGACUAAAUGUGAGCCCUUCCUUCCAGUCUAUUGUCUCCCCUUUGAAAUGAAGCCAUUCUUUUUUAGCCCUUAAAAAAAAAAUAAAAAACCACUUAAUCCUUACACUGCAGUGGUUAUGGUGCAGCUAUGGGUAGAGCAGAACAGCCACUGUCUGAGUGCAAGGCUUUUGCUUUUUAAUUUGCAGAUUAGAAAUCCUUAUUUUAUGAUAGAGGUGGUGUAUUGGAGACACACAUUGUCCUGUUCUUUUUGAACACUGUGCAGUUCAAUUUGAAGAAAGGGCUGUUUAAUCAGCACAGCUCCAGUGAAGCAGAGGUUCUGUCCCAAAGCCUGUCCUUUGCUAGCCAGGAUCCCAGCAUAGGUGGGUGGCUGAAAGAUUGUAUUUGUAUUUUCUGUAGGCUGAAUGUACUGAACUCCUAGUAACCUGGCUUGUAUACUUUUCUCUAUUGUUUCUCUUGCUUCAGCCAAUGUCUUUAUGUUUUUUAAAUAUACAAGCUGUGAUUAAGUGAAUUUCCAUUUUGUUUUGCUUUGAAAGGCCUUUUUAUGAGCAAGUGCCAAAGUUCAGUUUCUGCUUGCUGAGAAUUGCUAUCUAUUUUUCCAGCAUAAAAGUCUUCUGCACUGGUUUAUAUGUUAUUAUAAUGGUCUAUGUAAUAUGAAAAUGUGCUGCUUUUUCAAUUCUUGUUGACUGUCUCUUCUGUAAGCACUGGGCUGACUACUAUAUUUUUUUAUCACUUUCUCUCAAUAUUUUGCAAACAAUGUUGCUGUUUCCUUGGCGUUGAUGUGACUACUUGGUUUGUGGCUCGCAGAUAGCAAAUGCACUGUACUGGGAAAGAGUUAAUACUUUUGUUAUUUAAAAGAAAAAGAAUUUAAAGCGGGGGGGGAGGGGGAAUUUAUAAAGCUAAAUAUCAUAUUUUAUUUUUCAUAUGUUUGAAUUGUAAGAAUAAUAUGGUGACAGUCCCAUUUGUAGGGUAAAGUUACAUAUUUCCAUGAAUAUGUAGUAUGCUGUUCUUAAAAGAAAAUUCUUAUAAUGAACUUUUAAUUAAAAUGCACUGUAAAAUGA